UAAUGUUUAACGAGGGCAGGUAGAUGUGGCCUUUUAGGUCUGUGUUCAAUGACACCACAACAGUUUGCUGUCAGCUGCUCUGUGAGUGGGACGUGCUGGUUUCAGUGUGUUCAGAAUUGUACAGAAGCUGCUGGUAUGCUCAGUCACACCUUCUGCCAUUCCUCAGAGCCCAGAUGCUCAUAUGUGAACAAAUCAGAGAUGAGCUCCCAAAGAAGAGAGAAUGAAAAGUUACAAUCCAAAAAUCACAAAGAUGCCUUCAAAUCCCGUCAACCGCACUUUCACACGGACUUAAACUGUCCAGUCUGCUUACAAACCGCCACCUUACCUGUAGAGACCAACUGUGGGCAUUUAUUUUGUGGAUCCUGUCUUAUGGAGUAUUGGAGGCACGAUCCCUGGUUAGGAGCCAUAAAUUGUCCUCUCUGCAGACAAAAGGUUGUUCUUCUCUACAAAGAAUUUAGUGAAAUACACCAAGAUGUGGAGUGCCGUGAUAUUGUUCAGGACAUUAGACUUUACAACAAUCGCUUCUCCGGGAAGCCGAGACCGUUGACAGACUAUCUUUACGACCUGCCUUCCUUACUACAGUUGGUAUUGAGAAGACUCUUCACAAUGGGUGGACUUGUGUGGAUAUUCUGUCUCAGAGUUGUCGUGUGCUUGUUCGGAGCAAUCAUGUGCUUGUCUUCACCUUUUGAUGUGAUCAGAGACCCUUUGUGUGGAAUCCUAAGCACCAUUGAUGACCUAGUUGUGGUGUUCAUUCUCUUAAUCUGCAUGAUAAAUAUUUUACAGCAAUUUAGGUCCGAAGGACUAAACAUGGCCGGUUCUACCACGCAGAGCGUCUUAUCAGAAUCUUGAUCAGACUCAGAAUUGUUUCAUUAUUUAAAUUUCCAUAAAUAACAACAACAUGGAUAUGUUGAAUUCAAUGGAUGGGCGAAAAUGAAACAGAUGUUGUUACAUUACACUGAUGGUGGUCUUUGCUGGAAGACCAGGUUGGAGGUUUUCAGGACAUCUUAUCUAGAUGGUAGUGAACAAAGCCACAGGAUAUACCACAGAUGUGUUCCAAUUACCAUGAACAGGGUAACAGUUUGGAUACCUCUGUUGUGUAUUAUUUACAAUGUCAUUAUUAACUGUAAAACUAUCUUAGCAAAUUUCUCAAAGCAUGAGAUUGAGUCAUAAACCUUACUUUCCUAUAAAAUACAGGAUUACAGUAAAUGGUUUAACAUAAUAAAUCAAUUGUAAAGUACAGUGGAAAAAUAAAUCCCACAGCCUUAACUGUGUUUUUUAAAGUAUGCUUUUUAAAACUUAGAUUGGGACCUACACUGGGUCUCCAGGUUAUUUUUGGAUCUCAAGUGUUUGGAAGAGAGUGUCGGACCCUACACUAUUGCCUGUGUUCCCAGGUGCAAUGGAAAACAUUUGGAAUAGUCUAAUGAAGAUGUUUAAUAUACGUAAUCUAAGAACAUAUUGUAUUGUCAUUGAAGUAUUGGUCACGGAGUUAAAUUAUCAAUUGAAGAAUUGGUCACUAAGGUAGUGAAUGGUCAAACAAAAUUAAGACACACCUCCUUAGAGUAUGGUACAUUACUCACUAGGAAAUAAAAAAUAAAACAAAAAAAAUACAUGUUGUGUUAACAGUUUUGUUAUAAAAUCUAUCAGCACUAUAUAAUAUAGUUGAACAGCACGUUGGCGUUUAUAUUUUGUAUGCUGCGAAAAUUUCCCAUCAUGCAUUCAAGCUCCACUUCUUGAUUGGCUCCUUACUUUGUGUAACUUUUGUUAUCUUUGUAUCAUGUUUAAUAAUUGAUCCAUAAAUUGGGAGUUGGAGUGUUUAGAUUUGUGUCUCCUCUAUGCCUUUGCACCUCUUUCGUAACAUACAUUCCAACUAUCAAUGUUUGCUAAAUUCAUGACCUUAUUCUGGGCAUACCUGUAUAAGUGAUUGUACAUCGUAGCCAAGUGGACAGUAACAUUUUGAGUGGCUACUGUCUCACAGGUAAAUUUCCUUUCUCCUCCAAAAAUACACAAAGCAGGAUGAAAUUCCAGUUUUAACGUGACAUUUGAGUAAAAAUGUAAUUUGUAAAUAUAUAUAUAGUGCUUCCAGUAUUGAAUUUUCUCUUUGUACUUGAAUG